ACAUAGUCAUCAGACACAAUACUAGAAAAAAAAAAAUAGAAACCUUAUUUUGAGUGCAAUGGAAUGUUGUAAGAAGGUGUAUGAGUGGUUAUGCAAUGCAAAAGCAUAUCUCAUAAUAUUGAGCUUGCAAUUUGGGUCUGCUGGCAUGUACCUUAUCACCAUGGAUGCUCUCAACAAGGGCAUGAGCCAUUAUGUUUUUGUUGUUUAUCGCAAUAUCAUCGCCACUGUAGCUCUUGGUCCAUUCGCAUUUUUUCUUGAAAGGAAAGUUAGGCCGAAGAUGACAAUUCGGAUAUUUUCAGAGCUUAUGGCAGUGGCUUUUGUCGAGAUAAUACUUGAUCAAUGCUUCACCUUCUUGGGAAUGAAGUACACCUCAGCAUCAUUUGCAUCUGCGGUGAUGAACUCCGUACCCUCCAUUACCUUUGUACUGGCAAUCAUUUUUAGAUUGGAGCGUAUGAAGCUUAAGGAGGUUGGAUGCUUAGCCAAAAUGAUUGGCACUGUGGUUUCUCUAGGAGGCGCUUUUCUAAUGGCACUGUACAAAGGUCCUAUUCUUAAUAUUGCAGGCUCAUCAGCCACCAACGUUGGCCAGCCUGAGAAUGUCAACGACCCUUCUGGAAAUCAUUGGCUCUCUGGUGCAUGUUUUCUCCUCAUAGGCUGUGCUGGCUUCGCUGCUUUCUACAUAUUACAAACUAUAACAUUGAGAAAGUACCCAGCAGAGAUGUCCCUGGCAACUUGGGUUUGCUUUCUGGGUGCACUUCAGAGCGGUGUACUUACAAUUUUCAUGGAGCGCAAUACCCAUGUCUGGUCUCUGGGCUGGGAUUCUAGGCUUCUUGCUUAUGCAUAUUCGGGAAUAGUAACAUCAGCAAUCCAAUUUUAUGUGCAAGGCAUGGUUAUAAAAACCACAGGGCCAGUGUUUGUGACUGCAUUUAAUCCCCUGCGUAUGAUCAUAGUCACAGCAUUGGCCUGCAUAGUCCUCUCGGAGAAACUCCACCUUGGAAGCAUUAUGGGAGGAGUUGUGGUGGUAGUUGGGCUUUACCUAGUUGUGUGGGGAAAAUCUAAAGAACAGAAGAAGCAUUCGAUGCCAGCGUCCCCUGAAAAGGAGACCCUGCAACGCCAGCAACAGCUACCACUUAGUGUACUCAAAAGUGAUGACAGCAAUGAUAACAAACUUCAAAUGGUCAUAAUUGGAGACAAAAACCACAACAUGGAAGAAAGCAGAACAGUUAAUAUAGAGAACCAGCAACAGUGAGCCAUCAGUGACUAUGGUGGUAGCAGUAGUAAUAGUAAUAGUAGUACUAAAUGAUUAUUUCAUGUAUUGUGACUUGUGACUCUACUUGUUUUUGAUGAUUUUAUCCCAAUUCUGGGAUUCAUCUACUGUGUCAGUUUAUAUCUUUUCAUUUUAUAAAAAUAGCUUUCUUU